AUGGUGACUUCCAGGGUAUCAAGCCUUGGUGUCUGGCUGCUGGUGCUAUCGGUUGUAUCCUGUGCCUCUGCUUUUUAUAUCCCUGGAUACUCAGUUACUCGGUACAAUGACAAUGAUCCAAUCCCACUGCUUGUCAAUAAGAUCUUCUCCGACCACACGCAACUCCAGUAUGCCUAUUUCGAUCUCCCCUUCGUCUGUCCCCCAAGUGGCAAGUCACAUGGCGGUUCACCCUUUGGAUCCGGCCAGAGCAUUUCGCUGAACCUGGGUGAAGUGUUGCGCGGUGAUCGCAUCAUGACCUCUGAUUUUGAGCUCACCAUGGGCAAGGAUGUGGAAUGCGAGACACUUUGCACUCGUGAGAUUAGUCGCUCCAAUAUUAAGUGGGCUCGCAACCUCAUCAAGGACAACUAUGUGAUCGAGUGGAUUGUGGACAAUCUGCCUGGCGCAACUAGUUUUGUGACCGUCGACCGAAGCCGCAAAUACUACGCCUCCGGGUUCAAGCUGGGAUACCGUGAUAUCUCCCCGUCCACCGGUCGAUCCCGCUAUUUCAUCAAUAACCACUUUACAAUCGUCAUCCGCUGGCGGAGUGCACCGGAGGGAGGCAAGGUGAUUAACGGAUUCGAGGUGUAUCCAAAGAGUGUUACUGCAGCAGACCGCAAGGAAGGAGUUUGUCCGAAGGACAUCCACAAGGAGCAUGAAGGACUGGGUCUGUACAUUGCUCCAGACAAAUCAAAGUUGACGGAGAAAUACGCUGGCCUCUCCUACAUCCCCGAGGAUGAUGAUGACGAUGAUGAUGGGUCUACCUUGAGCAUCCCAUACACCUAUUCGGUUUACUUUCGCGAGGAGCCGACAAUCGAUUGGGCCAACCGUUGGGAUUUAUACUUCACUAACCAGGAGGAAGGCUCAAUGACCCACUGGUUGGCGAUUGUUAACUCCUUGAUUAUCUCCACUGUACUCGGUGCGACUGUGUUCGUGAUCUGGAGUCGCACCGUUCAAGGCGACAUCAAGGGCCGUGGCGAUGGAGCCAUGGAGAAGCCCAAAGGUCCUCGUAGGCGUUCGAGAGAGAAAAAGGAAGGGCUACUGGACAAUGCUGACGUCGAAAACGAUGCGGACAUGUCCUCUGACGACGAACCUGCCGAGGACACCAGCGGCUGGAAGCUUCUUCACGGCGAUGUUUUCCGAAUCCCAGCCUACAGUGGCCUUUUGGCGCCCCUGGUUGGAUCUGGUAUGCAGUUGUUGUUCAUGGCAACUGGCUUGCUUUUAUUGAGCUGCCUGGGAAUCUUGAAUCCCAGUUUCCGCGGUGGUUUCGUCAGCGUCGGCAUGGGUCUGUUUGUGUUUGCCGGCUUGUUCUCAGGUUAUUUCUCCGGGAGGCUUUAUAAGACCUUCAGUGGAACUGCAUGGCGAAAGAAUACCUUGAUUACGGCGUUGCUUUUCCCCGGACUGACCUUUUUCCUUAUCCUGAUCUUGAACUUGUUCGUCUGGACCCAGGCUUCCAGCACAGCGAUUCCAUUCGGCACCUUGAUUGGCUUGCUGGCCCUUUGGCUGCUCAUUCAAGUUCCUCUUGUCUACCUUGGUAGCUGGGUUGGAUAUGUGCGAGCGAAGCCCUGGGAGCACCCUCUGAAGACCAAUGCCAUCCCUCGCCAAGUCCCGCCCCAGCCAUGGUACUUGAGUGGCCCUGCUGGCCCGAUGUUGACCGGACUGAUCCCAUUUGCUGUCCUCUUCAUUGAGCUGCUAUUUGUAUUCAAGAAUUUGUGGCAGGAUAAGAGUGGCUACUACUAUGUGUUUGGCUUUCUGAGUGCGGUAUCUGCAGUGCUUAUAGUCACUGUCAUUGAAGUGACUGUCAUUGCAACAUAUAAUCAACUCUGCUCCGAGAACUACCACUGGUGGUGGCAGAGCUUCCUCACAGGCGGCAGCAGUGCCUUUUGGAUAUUCGCCUAUUGCAUCUGGUACUACAUGUUCAAGCUGCAUGUCACUGGAUUUGUGUCCACUCUGCUGUUCUUCAGCUACAGCUUCCUCGCCUGUACAGUGUAUUUCCUGCUGACUGGAACUGUCGGGUUCCUGGCUGCAUACGCCUUUGUCCGCCGUGUCUAUAGCGCGAUCAAGGUUGACUAA